CCCAGCUACAUAAUUCAACAUACCUGUCAAUACUCUCCACCCGUUCCAAUUUUUGCAUUGUUAGGCUCGUUCAGAGGUAGCUCUUCCGUGUCCCUAGCGUGAUAAGUCCGCCGCAUUCCGCUACUCGCACCACCGGCCAUCAGCCAUGGCGGAGCUCACCUGCCUAGCCCAGCCGUCCCCUCUCCACCUCCGCCUUCGCACCGCCGCCACUCCCUCGUCGCUCUCUCCUUCGCGACGAGCCGCAGCAACGCCGGUCUUCGCGGCCUCUGCGAGGAAGCAAGAUGACGCCUCUGCAUCAUCCGCGGGCGCCCCAAUGUCUACCAUUCCCCCCGUGGCACCCGUGACGCGGCGAGCGGUUGUCGCGCUCCCAGCCAUGGCGGCUCUCGUCGCCUCCCUCGCUGCCAGCCCGGCGAACGCCAUCAUUCCCACCACCGCCGUCGCCGGCCGCGUUCCCGGCCUCUCCGAGCCCGACGAAAAUGGGUUGCGCACGUACAAGCGGCCGGCGAGCAAGUCCGGAGGGCACGGCGUGGGGUGGAGCGAGCUGAUCCCCUACACCUUCAACGUGCCGGACACGUGGGAGGAGACGCCGGUGUCGAUCGCGGAUCUGGGCGGCACGGAGAUCGACCUGCGGUUCGCGAGCAAGGCGCAGGGCAAGCUGUUCAUCGUGGUGGCGCCCGUGCUGCGCUUCGCCGACGGGCUCGGCGACAACGUCAAGAUCGAGAGCGUCGGCGACCCCGAGCGCGUCAUCACCGCGUUCGGACCUGAGAUUACCGGGGAGAAUGUGGAGGGGCGCGUGAAUGAUACCAAGGUGGUGACGAAGGGAGGACGGACGUAUUACGAGUAUGACGUGGACCCACAUAUUCUGGUGUCGGCGACUGCUGCUGGCAACCGCAUGUACAUCAUGGGCGUCGCUGCCUCUGGUCGGCAAUGGAAGAAGUAUUCAAGCGAGCUCAAGGACAUCCUUACUUCCUUCCGUGUGGGAUAACUACUCCGCGAGGCGGACUUGUAAAAAUGGACUUGCCAUGGGUUCAUCAUUAUUAGACGGUGGUGGCUUGGCAGAAUGGAUACAGGAGCUGCAUACAGUGUCAUAUGCCCCAGGACUAGUUGAUGUGCAAACGAUCACCCUUGCUUUUGUGGCAUCAGUUAGCAUUUGACAUGCUUGGUGUUAGAUGGACCUAGGUUAGGUGGUUCAUGCCCUUGCAUGUGACUUUUUCCUUGUGCAUUUGCGCUUUUGCAUUGCGAGCUCAAGAUAAUUCUCACAUCACU